UUUCGACCAAUUAAUACCAGAGCCUCCAAUGCCUGAAUCAUUACAAGAAUAUCAAGUCAACCCUAGCAUAUCCGGCCCGGAAUUAGCCAGCCCUUUCUCUAGUGAGGCAACUACUCUACUCGAAGCAGUGAGGAUUAGAAACAAAGAUUAUGAUCCGCAAUACCGGAUGGGGUCACGAAGAGCUCGUCGAGUCUCUACUAAAACAUGGUGCUAAUAUAACCGUGAAGAAUAACUCCGGCAAGACAGUCCUCGAUAUCGCUCGAUCUCAUCAGAACUCUAGAAUCAUUGAAAUGUUAGAAAGGGCUAAGGCGAGAGGGAAUGAUGGGUAAUAGAACAUAUGUGGUACAC